AUGAUUCUACCUAACCCCAUUGCAGGUGCUAAUGAUCGCAAUCAUGUGGUCACUAGAUCCCAAAACAACAUAUUCAAAACAAAGAAACUUUACCAUGCAUCUGUUCAUCCAUUACCUGAGAACCUUGAACCAUCUAAUAUCCGACAAGCCAUAAAAUAUUCCCAUUGGAGACAAGCUAUUUCUGAGGAGUUUGAUGCCUUAAUUCGAAAUGGCACAUGGACACUUGUGCCACCACCAUCACAUCAAAACAUUGUUGAUUGCAAAUGGUUAUUUCGCAUCAAAAGAAACUCUGAUGGCUCUAUUUCUAGAUACAAAGCACGUCUUGUGGCUAAGGGUUUCACUCAAUGUCCGGGUGUUGACUUCAAAUAG